GCGCUGCAGCAAUCGUUCGACGAGGCUGAGGUUGGUUCUACAGAAGAGCUAUCGGAGGCCCCACCCACCUCCACGCGGUACCUCAGCACUGUUGAUAUUGAAAGCAUGGGAGUGUACUUCGAAUGCCAGGGGAAUGGCACGGCUACUUGUGCAAUACAUGCUAUCAACAACCUGGCUCAGAAGAAUACCGUCUCGCUCACGCAUCUCCAAGCGGCCGAGUCGCGAGUGGCUCUACUCCAGCGGGGUGGUAGCUUCCUGGCCCCAUCGGGCAUUUCCGUGCCUUCAGCCAAGGGUGGUGACGGUGCUCGUACCGGCUGGUUCGACAUUGAAGCGCUGAAGUUGGCAUCAGAAAAGCACGCGGGGCACAUGGUUAUCGAGACAGAACCAACACCGGACUUUGCUCGCUCCGCUGGUCAGAAGUUCGUCACGGCAGCCAACGAGGAGAGCGAUGGUAGUUGGUUUCGAGGCUUCCUAGUGUACGAGUGCAUCCCUGGCCGGGCGAUGCACUACUGGUCCCUCCUACGUCUACCGACCGGCGGGGGAUGGCUCAAACUGGACUCGCUCCAUCGCGACUCUGACAAGAGCCUUGGGCAUCGAUGUGAGUUCAUUGCGACCGAUGAGGAACUAGCUGAGCUGUAUAAUAGCAAUAAGGACUACUUCAAGAGCUGGCUCAUGCGAUGGUACCCUGUGGUGGAUAAGAUGAAGGCCCGAGAAGGUCUGAAGGGCCUAUUGACGGAGGGUGAUGUCUCUGAAGAGGACUGCCCGAGGGAGGCUACUCUGAAUGCUGUUCUUCGUGAUAAUCAUUGGAUACCAUCGGCGGCCGCUCACACCCUUCUGGUAGACUCCGUCGAACAGGUCGCUCAUAUGUCCCAAGCACUGUGUUUAGUGGUAACGUCUUCAGUGGCAGUCAAAGUACUCAGAACCACUGGUUGGGAUUGGGACCGAGCUGUCGCCCAGCUGAAUGGUGUAUUGGAAGAGCGGCGGCCAGAUGGUACGAUGGACCAGGCUGAGCUCAAACAGCUGGCGCAGAGGUGUCUGGCUACAUCCAAGUGGGAUGUCCAUACAGCCUCGAUAGUCAUGCACAUUGUGAACAGCUACGCUUGCGCCCCCGCUGCUGCUGCUGCUGACGAUGACCUCCAACUCAUCGUUGGUUGUGUGAAUUCAUGUGAAAGAGACCUCGAAAAGUCGCAGUUGGCGUAUAAGCUGCUACGAGUUUGUAGCGGCCUGCAAGAAAG